AUGAGAACACUACAGUUAAAGAUGCUGAAACUUUUGCUUUUGUUGACCUUCACAAAGAUUUGUGCUGCUCAGAAUGACAUCCAUCUGUCAGUAUUUACAGUCACAUCUAAGAGUAUGACGGUGCAGUGGAGCGGCUACACCGGUGCCAGCUCCUACAAGAUCACAGCUACACCCAAGAGCUCUCCAGAGCAGCCCGUCUUUGCUCAGUUCAGCGGCAACUCUGUGAUGGGCUCUGUCAACUCCCUGUCACCAAACACAGUGUACACCAUGCAGCUAGAGGCCAUGGACAAUGCCCUCAAUGUCCUCAGCAGUGCAGAGACAGAGGAGACAACAGCUCCCGAAGUCCCCAGCAUUGAACAGGCUUACUCCAAACACAGUGACAGCAUCACUGUGGAAUUCACAGAGGUUUCCGGGGCAACCAGUUACAUCCUGAGGGCACAGUCCGAGAUCGGUGAUUUCUUCUCUGAGACCGUGGUGAGCAACUCACCAGGCACUGUAGUGCAGCUCCAGCCCUACGCAGACUACAGUCUGAGCGUCAUGUCCGUCAACUCUGGGGGGAGGAGCCAGCCUUCGUACCCUAUCGAGGCCAGGACAGUUGUAAUGGCGCCCAAAUUGAACACCACCUCUCCUGACAACGGCACCAUAAUUGUGACUUGGACCCCGGUGGAGAAUGCCGUCAGCUACAUGCUGUGUAUCAUCCGGGAGAGCUCCAGCUCCCGUUUCAAACUGAACACCAGUGACACCAUGGUGACCUUUGAUGGCCUUGAAGCAGGGACCACGUACUGUAUAAAGGGCACAGCCUGGGACUCGGAGGGUCGAGCUGGAGACGACCUCACUGUCUGCCAGAUCACACGCCCUCCAAGUCCCGAUGUGAUCAAUGUCCUGGUGUCUCAGGGUCGGUCUCUUUGGAUCACUGUGUACUGGGUGUCAGUGCAGGGAGCUGAGAACUACAUCGCUUGGACUACUAAUGGUUACAACUGUACUUCAACACUUACUGGUUUCUGUUACAUCACAUCUGUGGAGUGUGGCCAGAACAACUCGGUAACUGUCGUAGCCUACAACAAAGCUGGUCCCAGCAGCCCCUCGCAGCCAGUACACUACAUUACAUAUCCAUGUCCCCCAAAGAACAUCUGGGUGGAAGAGCCCGAAGCAGGCAACUGCUCCGUGGUGUGGGACGAGGUGCCACUGGUGGAGUACUACAUAGCUUUUAUAAAGAGGGAUGACGGGACUGAGAAGUCAUGCAACACCACUGAAACCACCUGCCCAUUUUCCUGCAUGUGUGGCUACACCUACCUCACCACCGUCUUCCCCUACAACCAGGCCGGCACCAGCCCUUACUCCCAUGUCCGCAACUACACCACCAUUCCUUGUUGCCCGCAGGAUGUUAGCAUAAAGCUGGUUUCUACAGAGACCCUGGAGAUCAUGUGGUCCGUCAAAGGGGCCGAGCUGUACGAGACAACGGCAGCACAGACCAACGAUGUCAUCCACUGUAACGACACAGCGCCAGUGUGUGCGCUGUCAGAUCUGAGGUGUAACACGGCCUAUUCUGUGACCGUCACACCUUGCAGCGAGUUACGAGGAUGCAACCGCACCUGCACACCACACACACAUGAAACAGCGCCGUGUGCUCCAGAGAUUCUGAAUACUACGCAGACGAACAACUCCACAUACAGAGUCCUCUUCACUACCCCAAACACCGCCACUACGAAUUACACCAUCAAAGCCAUCGGACGCUAUGAAACACACACCUGUCAGUCACGAAACAACCACUGUGACCUCACACAUCUGCCCUGUGGUACAAUCUAUGAGGUCAUGGCGGUGGCCAGUACAGCUGCCGGGCAAAGUCUACCUGGAUUCAGUAAAACUUUGGAAACAGGUCCUUGCUGCCCCAUGUCUGUGAACGUGACCCAAGUCACCCAGGCUAUGACCAACGUGACCUGGACACCUGGCAGCGGAGCUCGCUCCUACAUCACCACCUUGGAGUCCUCACGCGGACAUGCUAAGUGCCACACCCUGGACACCCACUGCCUGAUGGGAUGCAUCACCUGUGGCACAAACUACAGUGUCCAUCUGGAGGCCGUCAGCAGCACAGGACACAAGUCAGAGUGCAAAUACCGCGGAUUCUCAUCCAGUGCCUGCUGUCCAGCGAGCGUGAAGCUCUAUCGCAGGGGCAACAACAACUCCCUCAGGGUGUUCUGGCGCUCUUUUGGCUCUCAGAUGCAGAACCACACAGUAGAGCUGUACGGGACGGGAGCAAACUACACCUGCAUCACAGCUGCCGGCAGCAGAUACUGCGAUAUUGAGGAGAAAAUGUGCGGGGACGUCUACACAGUAGUGGUGGCACCAGUGGGACAAAAUGGGAACAUAGUCAGCUUCUGUCAGCGCAGGACAUACUCAGUUCCCUGCCCAGGAAGUAAUGCUGGUAUGAUGAUCUCUCGCGGAAGGCGAAGCGUGGAUUAA